CUGGGCCUCAACAGCGCGGAGUAGCGAACGCUCUCGGUGCUCUUUUCUCUUCUUGCAUUGCACGCCGUGAAGCAGAAGUUGCAUCUUGUGCGUACGUAUCGGUGCUCGUAUCGUGUUCGGUCUGUUCAGUGUUGCUCGUGCUCAAAUAGAAUAAACUUAAAAAAUGGCAACGGAAGUCGAAAAUAACGCGCCUGCCGCAGAUACCAAAGAACUCAAAGAGGAAAAAGAUACUCCCAAAUUGGAGGAGGCGAAAAAAGAGGAAGCUGGGGCGGGCGAUGCACCCAAAGAGAAAGAAAAGGAACCGGCUCCUCCUAAGGUCGUCGUGCACAAGGCCAAUUUCGAGAAGGAUGUUGUGUAUCUGUAUCAAUUUUCGCGUACGCCUCUACUACCGUCUAUGAGCCCUUAUUGCCUUAAGGUCGAAACAUGGUUACGAUUGGCUGGUAUCAAGUACGAGAAUGUGGACCAUAAGAUGAAGUUCAGGUCCAAGAAAGGACUUUUACCCUUUGUGGAAUUGAAUGGUGAAGAAAUCGCCGACAGUGCUCUCAUUAUCAAGGAACUUAGUCAGAAAUACAACCAAGACUUAGACGCGGGAUUAACUGCGGAUCAGCGCAACUUGGCUCAUGCCAUCAUCAGUAUGAUAGAGAAUCAUCUUGCUUGGGUCGUCAUGUGGUGGCGUUCCAAAUAUCCUGAUAGCGUACUGAAGGCAUAUAAAGUCAAUCUUCAACGCGCUCUUGGCUCCAGAGUACCAAAUGGGAUUCUGAACAUAUUUUUCAAAUUUUCCUACGCUAGAAAGUGGUUCCAGGGAACUAAAAAAGCUAAAGCUCAUGGCAUCGGAGUGCACACUCCCGAGGAAAUCAUCAAGUUCGGACAAGAAGAUCUGAAAGUCUUGUCAGAUAUGUUGGCUGACAAGCCCUUCUUCUUUGGCGAUGAACCCACCACUCUGGACGUAGUCGUAUUCGCACAUUUAGCUCAAAUCUACUUUGUCGACAAAGAGGUGGAGUGGGAAUUGCGCGACUACAUGACUGAAUCAUGUCCCAACCUUGUCGGGCACGUGAACAGGAUCAAGGAGCGCUGUUUUGCUGAUUGGGAUGAUAUUUGCAGUACUCUGGACUUGAACUCGCAUCUCCCAAAACCCGUCCCUGAGACAAAAGACGAUAAGGAAGCCGCGAAGGAUGAGAAGGAAAGCGACAAGGAAAAGGAACCAGAAGAUAAGGACAUUGAGAAAGAGAAGGAGGAAGCGCAAGAAAAAGAUAAGGCAGCGAAUAAGGAGUCAGAAGAAAAUAAAGAAAAGGAGGCUGCAAAAUAAACAGAUAGUCAUGUGUUUGGCCGUUAAAACGGCGAGUAAAUUUCAUUUAACACCCAUACUCUUCACUUCUCAUCAUCUCUAUAUUAUUAGUGUAUAAUUUUUUCCGUUUUAUAAUUGCCUGGUUCAUGUGCAACAUUUAGUUUGUAAGUGUAUGAAUCUAUUUUUUUAUAUUCAAGACAACUUGAUGCAAGCGAAUAUUUAAGCGAUUUUUUCUAUCCAACAAUUCAUUCAAUCAUUGUGUCAAUCUAAUUUUGACUCGUCUAAGUAAUUAAGUUUAGAGUGCCAUUCAUGUGCAACAGAUUCAGAUUAAUUGACGAUGAUAUUCACAUUUUCAAUUAAUCUGAAUCUGUAUAAUAAAUUUAAAAUCAUUCAUUGUAUGAACUACAUUUUUCUUUUUCCUUUUCUCUCUGGAAUUUAAUUUCAGCUUUUCAAAUAUUGAAUAUAAUGGACAAUUUUUAAUACAAAUUUUAUAUUAAUUGCUAGUUACGCAUUAUAACUAUUAUUGUUUGUAUAAAUAUUUUAGCUAGGUUUUUAAAUAUAAACAUGUAUGUCUGGCGACGGCUUCUUUGAACACGUGGAACCUUACAGUUUCAAGUAUGGCAGGUUCUUCUUGAUCUAAUAAGAAUCUUCAACACUUGCAUAGUAAUAUUUUUGAGAAAGCCAACCAAAUUAAGGUAGUAAUAUUCAUCGGUGGCAGGUAGCGAAGUUCGUUCAAGCUCAGAUGCAGCUUGAAAGUAAAUCGAAUUUUGUGGUAUGUAAUAGUUUAAGGAAAUAAAUGGAAAGAAUUUCCCGCAUUUUAAACCCCCCAGCCGUCACUGAUCAAUCCUUUAGUAAAGCGUGUGUUUUCAGGGGCUGACUUAUAAUAAAUUUAACCCUAUUCGCAAACGUUACAUUUUCAGUUUGAGGUAACUAACGAUACUUCAAGCGUUACUUUCUUAAACAAUUUCUAUGCGAGUUUACAUGUUAGUGCAGUCUUUUAAUAUAUGUACGAAAUAUUAAUGUAUCGUAGUAAGUAAUGAUAGGUAGUGCAUUUAUUCAUUGAUUAUAUCCAUUCCACGUUUUCUAACAUAGCAUUUCAUAAAAUCUACUUUGAGAGCGAUGUUGUGUGGGCAGUGUGUAAGUAAUAAAAAUGUUCUAAACUGCGAUGCCAUCCACUCGUUUAUAAUACAUUACGAUAAGACAAAGUCAUUUAGGGUAAACAAUUUUUGGUCUUUACUGCUGACUAACAUCACGUUGAUCAAUAAGUAACGAGCUGUAGAUUUGAUCUAGCCCUCAAGUUUUCUAAAUUAAGAUAGAAAGUAAUGAAAAAGACCAACUGAGCAAAAAUAAAUUAAAAAGCGCACACCAUUUUUCGAAAAAAAAUGACAAAAAAUUGAAUAUUUAGCACACUCCCACUGACUGACAACCAAAACAUAAGUAGUGUCUCAAAUUGACUCAAGCCUUUGUAAUCAAUGUAGUAUUUUGUAUUUUUUUAAGGCCACUUAAUUCUUAAACUACGCUGUGUGAAAUUGUUGGACCAUUUCAAAAUUAGUUGAAGCUUUGUACGUCUCAUAUGUAUUUAAUUUGGUUGGUCAUAAAGCAAAAAACGAUAAUAAACACUUUUAUCUGUCAUUUUGUAUCAGAAUGUUAGAUAACAGUGACGAAAUGGCAUUAGAAAAAUCGCUAGCUAUUAAGCUACAAGAUACUGAUGCCGAUUAAAGCGAACACGAUAUCUGGCAAAUCAAAUUAAACAACUGCAAAGUAAAUGAUGAAUAAUUCAAAUUACUAACAUUAAGUAUUUUUUACAAUUAGCCUUAGUUAAAAAUAGGUUCGACUUUCAAAACUGUGUUGUAUGCUGUACGCUAUAUUUUAAAUAAAUAAGUUCAUAUUUUAAGUUUUAAA